AUGAGCACGACAGAGAAAUGCCACUUGCUGCCAACAAAUGUGAGACCAACUCAUUACGACCUAACCUUUACUCCAAACCUGGAGACGUUUAGGUUUAAUGGCAGAGAGAUCAUCAAGUUGGACGUUAACGAAGAAACUAGCGUGAUUAAACUUCAUGCCAAUAAGCUUGAAAUCACAUCCGCAAAAAUUAUCUACUUGGUUGAGAAAUCUGAACUCAGCCAAGAUGUUGCGAAUAGUAUUAAAGGAUACGGAAUAACCAUCAAAGAUGCUAUCGAAAUAAGUUUUCCGGACGAUGCAAAGGAGACGGCAAGAUUGACUUUUCCGGUUACGAUUCCUUCCAAAUCUAAAGCUGAGCUACAUCUAGAAUAUAAUGGAGAACUAAAUGAUAAUUUGGUCGGAUUUUACAAGAGUUCAUAUGAAGAUAAAUUCGGAGUUACAAGGUCUGCUGACUUGUCUUUUUCGCAUAUACCCAUAUGCACGUAUACAUGGCAUCUUGUAAAUCAUUUUCUAUUCUUCUCCGCACAACCGAAACAUAGAUAUUUGGCAGCAACUCAAUUUGAAGCAACAGAUGCACGCAUGGCUUUUCCUUGUUGGGACGAGCCAUCGAUAAAAGCCACGUUUGAUAUUACAUUGAUAGUACCUUCCAAUUUAACCGCGUUGAGUAAUAUGAAUGUUAUUUCUGAAAAUCCGUAUGAGAAUAACAAAAAGAAGGUCACCUUUUCGACAACACCUAUAAUGAGUACUUAUGCAAUCGCGAUCCCGGAUACUGGAAGUGGUGCCAUGGAAAAUUGGGGUCUUAUAACUUUUAAUACGACACAACUUUUGUUCGAUAUAAGCGCAUCGGAUUUAAGAUUUAAGCAGGAUAUCGCUGUUACUGUGGCUCAUGAGUUAGCGCACCAAGUCUUAAUGUAUCGCACAUUUUGCAGGUGGGAUGAUCUUUGGCUCAACGAAGGAUUUGCCACGUGGCUUGAAUACUUUGCUGUUGCAAAGUUCUACCCUGAUUGGGAUAUUUGGACACAAUUUGUUACGGAGGCGCUAGAACAAGGAUUGCGCCUCGAUGCACUAGAAACUUCAUCGCAUCCGAUUCAAGUGCCCGUGGAGGAUUCCAACCAAAUUAGUCAAAUAUUUGAUGACAUAAGUUAUUCCAAGGGUGCAUCCGUAAUACGCAUGUUGAGUAAUUCUUACCUUGGAGAGGAAGUGUUCUUAUCGGGCGUGAGAAAAUACCUCGAUAAACACAUGUAUAACAACGCGACUACGAAAGAUUUAUGGGACGCAUUAUCUGAAGCAAGUGGCAAAGAUGUCAAAGGAUUUGUGUCAAACUGGACUACCAAAGUUGGA